GACGGUGAAUCAUCCACGUGCUUGACGGUUUACAAAAACGGCGGUGCUCCGGCGGUGUUCCAAUCCCCGAAAUGCCCUCGCUGGAGACUCUUCGAUUACGAUUCUUCUCCUCGAACUGCAACGCGUUGUCAAUCUUCGAUGCUCCAGGGUCGAAGAAAAUCACAAGAGGAUCGCACUCUCUGUGUACUCGAUGUUCGCAUUCCAUUCCCCGGUACGAUGGGGAUCAGGGAGGUUGUAGUUGGAAUUGUGGCGGUUUUCGAUGGACAUAACGGUGCUGAAGCUAGUGAGAUGGCGUCAAAACUUUUGAUGGAGUAUUUUGUUCUGCAUACUUAUUUUCUUCUUGAUGCAAUGUAUUCUGUUGUAUCAAAGACUUCCACAGGAAAAUUGCUUCACAGGCGAGACCAUGAUCACGGAAACUUAUUGCAUAGGUGGAAAGAGAUUUUAGGUUGGCAAUGGCAUGAACUGCAUUCUGAAAGGUUGCAGAAUGUAUUUUCUGCUAAUUUUGAUGAUUCUUUUCACUUGGAAAUUUUGAAGGAAGCAUUGUUGAGAGCAAUCCAUGAUAUUGAUGUAAGGUUUUCUGAGGAAGCCUCUAGAAAUAACAUUCAUUCAGGAUCUACAGCAACAGUUGUAUUGGUUGCAGAUGAUAAGUUUUUGGUUGCCAAUAUUGGGGAUUCUAAGGCUUUCUUGUGCUCUGAAAAUUUUCAGUCUCCUAAGGAAGCUAAAGCCUCCUUAUUAGAGCUAUAUAGGCAGACAGAGCGUGAUGGUUCUGUUUCUGUGUGGGAUCGUGAAAAGUAUAGAUUAGCUUCUUCCCAUGGGCUCAAUCAUUUUGCAGUGAAGGAAUUGACUAGGGAUCACCAUCCAGACAGAGAGGAUGAAAGAACUCGGGUGGAAGCUGCUGGUGGUCAAGUUCUAAAUUGGGGUGGUUUGCCUCGCGUAAAUGGUCAGCUGGCCAUUACACGAGCUAUUGGUGAUGUGUUAUUUAAAAGUUAUGGAAGAAGAGCUGCCUGCACCUACUGA